AUGGUCAUUGACGACGUCGGCGACGCCAGCGCCUUUCGCUUGCGCCCUAGCGCCGACAACAAUGUCAACGCAGCCUUCUUUGGCCUCCUCAUCGUGCUGUUGCCGUCCUCAUACAGCGGUGGUGACCUCACCUUUGCCCGCGGCGAAAUGCCGCAAACGGUCAGCGCUUGCGGCAUGGCGGUGUACGCAGCUGCUUUGCUAUCGACGACCAUCACGUCGGCGCGGAUCACGAGUGGCCGCCAUACUGCGCUCGUCUACCGGCUGUACCAUGCCGAUGUCAACGGGCCCACGGUGCUCGUGCCGCCGGCGCCCGACGCGGCUGUUGCUGCCUUCCAGGCGCUCAGCCGAUCGAUGACAGAGCCAUUUCAGCGGCUCGGGCGGGCUCUCUCCGCCUCUAACGAGCCGCUCUCGUUUGCGUCGCUUGGCAAGUGGAAUCAAGCGUUCAUUUGCAGCACUUGUCGCCUCGGCAAAGUCAUCUCGCUACUGCCGCACCCUGCGUGCGAGAUGCCAGACGCAGUCGUGGCGGCCUGGAUCGGCCAGUCGCCCCAAGCCUUCUUGCACAUGCCGCCGUACAAGCACCUUGCGUAUAAGCGCGCAAUCGUACUUUGGUCCAAGCCCCACCGCAGACGCGGCUUAGCCCAGCAGCGGGAUGACGACAGCACGUAUCUCAGUCUCGCAUCUACGCACGAUCUAGUGUUUGGGACCUUGCCGGCGUUCGAUGUCCACGGCCCCGCGAUCGUCGGAUCGCAUUCGCUGCCUCACGAUAGUGCAACGACGGUACCUCUGCGCUUUGCGCGGCACCUGCCGUCCAUGCAGCGUAUCUUGAUGGCGCUCAACGACGUCGCCCUUGCCACCCUUUAUCUCCGCGACGUUGUCACGCUCCAGGACCAACACGUGUCGGUCGCCGAGGUCGCACCUGUUGUCUACAGCCUCUUGACCACGUUCGGCUGGGAGCCGCUGCUGGAUGCGAUGUUUGGCCUCGUUCAGCGCUGGAUCAAGACGCACCCGGAUGCCACCGUGCAGCUACUCAUAAGCUUGGCCGGCCUCGACACGGAAGCGCCAGUGUGUCGACCGUUGCAGCAGCCGUUUGAAGCCGAGCUCUUCAAGCGAUGCUAUGACGCCGUGCUUCGAACCCCCCAGCUCUUCACGGACGAGUUUGGUGUACGUCGCGGUCCAGCGGUUGUUCAAGGUCUCAUUUUGCUCGAGCACUACGUCAAGACGACGGUACCACCACUUGAAAAGGCAAGCUUCUUGAGCCGGUGGUUGCCACCGAUGGUCGUUGCCGCUGUUGACGCCUACCUCUAUGCGCCGCUGCCGGUUUCGGGCUUUCUCUUGUCGCCUGAUGCCUUUGAUCCGCUCGAGGCUGUCGCCGUCGGUCUCACCACGGCCUUGCGCUGUCAGCCUGCCAUAAAUUUACCGCUCGCUGUCGUCGAUAGUCUUGCCGAGGUGCUACAAAGCUAUAUACCUCACGACGUCAUAUUCAGCGACCUUGACGUUGUGCUAGCAGUGUUUGCAGUGGCCAGCCAUGCACAUCGACUCGAUGCAGCGCUCUUUGGCACGUGCGCAAAGCUCUGUGGACUUGCUUUGCUACCGGCUCUCACGACGAUGCCGGAGGACUCGGUGCCGGCCGUGGGCGACCUCGUCAUUGCCUACAUUGACGCCUCGGUGCACGCCUUGGCCAACGCGUCUUUGUGGCCGCAUGCGCGCGACAUUGACAAGUACCCGACAACGAUGGCAUCCGACGCCAAGACCUUUGGGAGAGAGACUUGCGUGACCCUGAGCGGUACCGGUACCUAA